UACGUUCCCGUUAGACUGUGAUUAUGUUUCGCAAUACAAGCAACAUGCUGUUCGUACUUUUCGCCGUGGUUCUUGGUCUACCGGCAUCUCAAGGACAUUUGCCUUUUUUUGGUGCUGAUAACUGCUGGCUUGCUCUCUAUUACAAAGGAGAUAUAUAUUGCAAACUCUCUGGAUAUGGUAAUUAUAAUGGUUGGAAUUUUGGCACGUGCGAGUUCGGAUGCGGAGACCAGACGGUGCCGUUGCCAAACGAAGCUUGCCCCAACGGUACUAUGCACAAUCCCUGCACCGACGAAGAGCUAAAACACCUCCAACAGUGGGCUAAGCAGUUGGAAAACGAGAAAGAAAGAAAUAAAGGCUAAUUAUGCAAUGCCU